UAAGAACCGUGGUGGGAUCAGAACUGCACACUUCAUUUCCAGACUUAUACUGCAAGCGCCAAACCUUGUUUCAGUCAAUGCAGGAUCUAACCUUUUACCUCCUGACUCGUUGGAUGUAAUUUGUAACGCAUUGAAGCAAACAGCAAGUAACUUGACGCAACUAGACCUGAUGGGCAAUGUGCAUUUGUCGAGUGCCAUCUUUCCCGCAGUCUUUGACUUCAAGAAGCACGGAAAGCCAAUCAUGCUUAUUCCAUCACAGCAAGAGGCACCGCCAUUACCUCCACGCCGCACAGUCUGUUCUCCCCCUCGGAACAAAACCAAUCACCAACCACUUGGGCAACGCCAUUUCCAGCAGUCGACCACACGAACGUGCGAUUUCAAGAUACAGAAUGCAAAUCGCGAGAGAGAAAGUUGAAAGCAUGAGCAGCAGCGUGGACGAGUCGGAGCUAAGGAAGGUGUUCCAGAUGUUCGACAAGAACGGCGACGGCCAGAUCACCAAGAAGGAGCUGGGCGAGUCGCUCAAGAACCUCGGGAUCUACAUCCCGGACGACGAGCUGGACGCCACCAUGGAGAAGAUCGACGCCAACGGCGACGGCUGCGUCGACGUCGAGGAGUUCGGUCUGCUCUACCGCUCUAUCCUCGGCGAGGGCGAGGGUGCUGACGGCGGUAGCAAGGGCGACGACGAGGACGGCAUGCGGGAGGCGUUCGACGUCUUCGACCAGAACGGCGACGGCUAUAUCACCGUCGAGGAGCUUCGGUCCGUACUGGCAAGCCUCGGCCUCAAGCAGGGGCGCACAGUGGAGGAAUGCCGCCAGAUGAUCAGCAAGGUCGACGCCGAUGGCGACGGCCGCGUCGACUUCAAGGAGUUCAAGCAGAUGAUGCGCGGCGGUGGCUUUGCCGCCAUUGGCGGAUCGUGAGGACAACCGCUGAAACUGGCCAUCGAUCCUCCGGCCGUUCGUAUCAGUCGAUGUAGAUGAUUAAU